GGUCGUUUCCCUUCCUUGGGGAAUGACUAAUGAAUAUUGCUGCUGGUGGUGUGCACCUAGCCUGGCUUGUGCGUCCCAGGAGGUGCUUCAGCUCUCCAGGCAAGACAUAUUCUUGGGUCACACUUGAGGUGUCUUCUGAGAUGGGUGCAAGACUUCCCAACUGAAGCCAAGUGGAAAAGAAGGGAAGAAGGUUCCAGGACUAGGGGACAACUCUGUAGUGCUGUCUUGAAUCAGGGGAGAACUCUUGAGGGAAGAGAAACACUCUUGAUGGGAGAUUUUUUUUUUUUUUUUUUGACCCUGGUGACGUGGGAUUGGAGCUCCUCCAGACUGAAUUAGAACGAAUUCGGAGAGUCACCCUGUACUUCACUCUCAGCCACAAGGAAGGGGAGAUGGAGGAUGGAAAAGUGGGAACAUGGCGGUCUUUUCCAAUAUGGCCCUUAAGGAAGCCUUUUCUCUCCGUCUGACUUGAUUAAGAACAUCCUUCUGACAGCAGAUCCUAAAGUCCAUUUAAGAGGCAAUGAAGGGAGUUUAAGCUCCUGAUGCUGGCACAGUGGCCCACAAUUAGAAUAGUCUGGUUUACAGUUGGUACUCACAGUCUCUGGAGAAGGUCAGAAGCGGGCUGCCCAGUUGAGUCUGUAUCCUUCACCUGUACCUCAUCCCUGAACAUAGAUGUUCAGGAUGUUUCUGUUCCUGCUGCUGUGGAUUCUGCCCCUGACUGAGGGGACCCAGCGGGCUGAACCCAUGUUCACGGCAGUCACCAACUCAGUCCUGCCCCCCGACUACGACAGCAACCCCACCCAGCUCAACUACGGAGUGGCAGUGACAGAUGUGGACCAUGACGGGGACUUUGAGAUCGUUGUGGCAGGGUACAAUGGCCCCAACCUGGUUCUGAAGUAUGACCGGGCCCAGAAGCGGCUGGUGAAUAUCGCGGUGGACGAGCGCAGCUCCCCUUACUACGCGCUGCGGGACCGGCAGGGCAACGCCAUCGGGGUCACAGCCUGCGACAUCGAUGGGGACGGCCGAGAGGAAAUCUACUUCCUCAACACCAAUAAUGCCUUCUCCGGGGUGGCCACGUACACGGACAAGUUGUUCAAGUUCCGCAAUAACCGCUGGGAAGACAUCCUGAGUGAUGAGGUCAACGUGGCCCGCGGCGUGGCCAGCCUCUUUGCCGGGCGCUCUGUGGCCUGCGUGGACAGGACGGGCUCCGGACGCUACUCCAUCUAUAUCGCCAAUUAUGCCUAUGGGAACGUGGGCCCGGAUGCCCUCAUUGAAAUGGACCCCGAAGCCAGUGACCUCUCCCGGGGCAUCCUGGCACUCAGAGAUGUGGCCGCUGAGGCUGGGGUCAGCAAAUACACAGGGGGCCGGGGCGUCAGCGUGGGUCCCAUCCUCAGCAGCAGCGCCUCGGACAUCUUCUGUGACAACGAGAACGGGCCCAACUUCCUCUUCCACAACCGGGGAGAUGGCACUUUCGUGGAUGCCGCAGCCAGCGCUGGGGUGGACGACCCCCACCAGCACGGGCGCGGCGUCGCCCUGGCCGACUUCAACCGUGACGGCAAAGUGGACAUUGUCUACGGCAACUGGAACGGUCCCCACCGCCUCUACCUGCAGAUGAGCGCCCACGGGAAGGUCCGCUUUCGGGACAUCGCCUCCCCCAAGUUCUCCAUGCCCUCCCCCGUCCGCACAGUCAUCGCUGCCGACUUUGACAAUGACCAGGAGCUGGAGAUCUUCUUCAACAACUUCGCCCACCGCAGCCCCUCAGCCAACCGCCUCUUCCGGGUCAUCCGCAGGGAACACGGCGAUCCCCUCAUCGAGGAGCUCAAUCCUGGUGAUGCCUUGGAGCCUGAGGGCCGGGGCACAGGGGGUGUGGUGACAGACUUCGAUGGAGACGGGAUGCUGGACCUCAUCUUGUCCCACGGAGAGUCCAUGGCUCAGCCACUGUCCGUCUUCCGGGGGAAUCAGGGCUUCAGCAACAACUGGCUGCGAGUGGUGCCGCGAACCCGGUUUGGGGCCUUCGCCAGGGGCGCUAAGGUCGUGCUUUACACCAAGAAGAGCGGGGCCCACCUGAGGAUCAUUGACGGGGGCUCGGGGUACCUGUGCGAGAUGGAGCCCGUGGCACACUUUGGCCUGGGGAAGGAUGAAGCCAGCAGCGUGGAGGUGACAUGGCCAGAUGGCAAGAUGGCAAGCCGGAAUGUGGCCAGUGGGGAGAUGAACUCUGUGCUGGAGAUUCCCUAUCCCCGGGAUGAGGACAAAGUUCAGGACCCGGCCCCACUGGAGUGCGGCCAAGGAUUCUCCCAGCAAGAAAAUGGCCAUUGCAUGGACACCAACGAAUGCAUCCAGUUCCCAUUCGUGUGUCCUCGAGACAAGCCCGUGUGUGUCAACACAUACGGAAGCUACAGGUGCCGGACCAACAAGAGGUGCAGUCGGGGCUACGAGCCCAACGAGGACGGCACGGCCUGUGUGGCUCAAGUGGCCUUUUUAGGUGGGUAUCCUUCUGCCGCCUUUAGAAUCUCUGAGCCUCUUUCUCGGGCCUCAUCUCUUUCUCUAGGCCUUGGACUUUGCCUUCAGUUAUAUGCACUUUAAAUUCCAUCAAUAAAGGAAAAACAAAACAAAACUAACAACCUUUGUGGAAAACUAAAUCUCUCCCGCUGCCUGUCUCUCUCUCUCUCCACACCCAGUAGACUCUGCUGUGUGCUCCCUCUGAAUGGACAGCAGGGGUGGCCAUCUUUGAAAAGGGAAGUUUGGGAGAUACUGAUAUUCGUGUGAUCUUAGUUGUUUGUGAAGCCUUUCUUUGCAUGUUUUCUGAGAACAUGUUUUUUACCCCAUCCAGCCUCCCUCACUCCUUCAGAAGAAUCAAGAUAGUCCUGUCUUUUCUGUAUCCUCCAGUGUCACGAGCGUCUUAUUUUGCCCUUAACAAAGAUGGCUCCCAGGUGGUUGCUUGCUCAGUUGAUUCAAUAAUGUGUCACGUGCCUGCUGGUUUGGCCUGUGCUGUUUCUGCUCUGCGGGUCCUGGCAGCCCGAGGUAGAGAAAGCCAUAUUUGGGGUUGGGGGUGAUGACGGGAGGGGAAAAGUGUGGCCCUUUGGGACUCUUGAUAAAAAUGUUAAAGCUUGAACCUGCUAAGUCUUCCAGCCUCUUUCUGGAGAAAUUAUGCCAAUAAACUCUCUGCUGGCUA